AUGGGUAUUGCAAACUCUAAGACCGAAAAGGACGCAGCUUUGAGUCUUUGUAGAGAGCGCAAGAGGUUCAUCAAGCAAGCAAUCGAUUCAAGGUAUGCAUUAGCUGCUUCUCAUGUCUCUUAUACCAACUCACUUCGAACCAUUGGCAUUGCUCUCCGGCGUUAUGCUGAGGCUGAGGUGUUGAUAGAGUCUUCUCUGUGCACUUCAGACAAGACCCCAUCACAUUCCUCCUACCCUUCUCCGUCGCCGUCCCCGAAGAUUUCGGGCUCCCCAUUGCACAAUGAGAGGCCCAUUUCGCCUCCGGGGGUGGCGACAUUGAGUUACAUGAGGUCAGGAGGAGGUGGUGCUGCUGUGACUAUGAGGUUCAACCCGGUUAGUAGUAGCUAUGUGGAUGAGGACAUCCCAUUGCCGCCACCGCCGCCUGAUUCUUCUUGGGAUUACUUUGAUCCUGUUGAUGCUGAAGAGAGUGAGAGCUUUAGGUUUGUGGGGAGUAGUGGAGUGGAUGUGAAUUGUGAUGAUAUUAAAGGGUGGAGACAGAUGAGGAGUGAGGAAGGUAAUCAUAGUAAUGAAUUUGAUGAAGGAGGUAAGAUGUUGGAGAAAGGGAGUGGUGAAGUGAGUGGUGAUGUGGUGACUCGAAAUGGAAGUGAAGAGCAUAAUGCCAAUAGAGUGAGCUCGGAAGGAGUUGAUGGUGAGUCCAGACAGUUAGUGGUGGGACGACGAAAUGGCAAUGAGGCUUCAAGGAGGGAGAGGAGUGUAGGAGAGAAGGAUUUAUGUGAUGAGAGAGAGGACCCUUCAGAAUUUAUUACCCACAGAGCUAAAGACUUUCUUUCAAGCAUAAAGGAUAUUGAGAAUCGUUUUUUCAGAGCUUCGGAAUCUGGGAGAGAGGUCUCAAGGAUGCUUGAGUCAAAUAAAAUCAGGGUUGGAUAUUCAGAGGCAAAAGGUAGGUCAUCAGGGCUGGCUCUUCUUGGGACGUUCCAGCUUGUUUGUUGCCAGGGAAAGUCUUCACUUGUUUCUAGUGAACCUGAACAUGUUACCAAAGUGAUUACUUGGAAGCGAACAACAUCUUCGAGAUCUUCGUCAUCAAGGAAUCCCCUUGCUGGAGCAUCAAAAGAUGAUGGUGAUGACAGUGGAAGUGAUUUUAUUGAAGAGUUCUGUAUGAUUGCAGGAAGUCAUUCCUCCACUCUAGAUAGACUGUAUGCAUGGGAAAGAAAGCUAUAUGAUGAAGUGAAGGGUAGUGAAUCUAUCUGGAAGGUGUAUGAUGUGAAGUGUGAUCAACUUAGGAAUCAAUUUGCAAAGGAUUGUAGCAGUCAGAUUAUUGAUAAAACCAGGGCAACUGUAAAAGACCUACAUUCACGAAUAAGAGUGGCACUUCAUGCUGUUAAUUCAAUCUCGAAGCGGAUUGAGAAAAUGAGGGAUGAUGAAUUGCUUCCACAACUUCUGGAACUUAAUCAGGGAUUGACCAGGAUGUGGAAGGCCAUGCUUGAAUGCCAUCAUGCUCAAUAUAUUACCAUCUCACUCGCUUAUCAUUCAAAGAGCUCAACAGUAACUUGCCUAGGAGAUGGUCGCAGGCAGAUCAUGGCUCAACUGUUGGAGGAGAUUGAAUGCUUUGGACUAAGCUUUGCAAACUGGAUCAACAGCCUUACUUCAUAUGUAGAAGCUCUGAAUGGUUGGCUGCAACACUGCAUUAUGCAACCUCAGGAGCGUUCCAAAGGCAGAAGGGCAUUCUCUCCUCGUCGUGCUUUGGCCCCACCUAUAUUUGUUCUCUUUCGUGAUUGGGCAGCUGGGAUCAGAGGAUUGCCAUCUACUGAAGUUACUGAUGCAGUCAGAACAUUCUUAUCAGACCUGCGUCAUUUGAUGGAACAACAAGCAACCACACAGAAACGACAGAGGGCAGCUGAUGCGAACAACGGAGAAUCAGAGAACAAAGAAGAUGAGGAGAACAAAGAUGAAGAGAACUGUGAAGAAUCAUCUUCUAACCUGAGCUGCAUACACGCGAGUUUGACAAAGGUUCUUGAUAGACUGACUAAAUUUUCUGAGGCAUCAUUGAAGAUGUAUGAAGAUAUCAGACAGAAAAGCGAAGCAGCAAGAAAUGCAUAUUCAAACUGCAUCAGGCCUAUUAGACACUAAGUUCAUGUAACUAUU